GUCUCAUUUUCUCCAUGGCUUCUCCAGGAACAGACUCCAGAGCUCCUUUCUCACUGGACUCCUACUAUGUCUCUGAGGAUUUUGGCUUUAUCCUUCCGGACCCUCUGGAAGAUCUUCCAUCGUAUUACCAGCCAUGGAUGGAUAUUGCCCUGCGGAUCCCAGAGCUUGUGCACAGUCACGAGCUGCGCUCCUGCGUUAACAAGAUGCCAGUGCUGAGCACCCACUUCCUGCACAAACACAGAGAGUUACGACUCGCCCACCUGGCCCUCAGCAUGAUGACGAUGGGCUACGUCUGGCAGGAAGGUGAAAACAACACCACUGAGAAAUUGCCAACCAGUCUGGCUGUUCCAUUCUGGGAGGUGUCGCAGCGCCUAGGUCUUCCUCCAAUUAUGACCCAUGCAGAUGCAGUGUUGGCUAACUGGAAGAAGAAAGAUCCAGAGGGGCCUUUUGAUAUGGAGAACCUGGAGUUGCUGGUCAGCCUCCCAGGUGGAGAAAGUGUGAAAGGCUUCUUCUUGGUCACUCUGCUGGUGGAGCGUGCAGCGAUUCCUGCAAUACGGAGCAUUCCUUCUGUUAUCAAUGGCAUCAGGUGUGGUGACACUGAUGCAGUGGUCAGAGCCCUGGAGGACAUCAGCCAGUCCAUACAGGACAUGAAUGAUGCACUUAAAUUGAUGCAAGUGUAUGUGGACCCUUCAGUCUUCUAUGGCGUUAUGAGAAUCUACCUGUCUGGGUGGAAAGACAACCCCUGUAUGCCGAAGGGGCUUGUCUACGAAGGCGUCCACGUAAAGCCAAUGGAGUUUUCUGGAGGGAGUGCUGCACAAAGCAGUCUGCUGCACUGCUUUGAUGAACUCCUGGGAGUCAAACAUGAAGAGAAAAGCCGUUCCUUUCUAAACCGCAUGAGGGACUACAUGCUACCUGCUCACAGGCAGCUGAUCCAGGCCAUUUCAUCACAGCCGUCCCUGAGGAGUUUUGUCCAGCAGCAGGCUAACGAUCACCUAAACCAGUCCUUUGAGUUCUGCGUCUCAAAACUGUUGGCCCUGCGCAACUACCACAUCAAUGUUGUGAGCCGUUUCAUCACCGUGCCUGCAGCUCGAGCUCGACAGCUCCGUAACCAUAGCCAGGACUCAGAGGGGGAUAUGAUCAUCAAAGCCCCCAAAGCGCUGGAGGACAGGGGCACCGGUGGCUCUGGCAUCAUGAUUUUUCUAAAAACUGUGAGGGACAGAACAAAAGAUGCUAUUCUGCCUGAGCCAAGCAAAAAAAUAAAAAAUCACAGUUGA